AUGGUUUCCAACAAGAAUGUCGUCUUUGACGUGGUCGGCACGCUAGUCUCGUACGAGUACAUCUUCGAGGCCAUCGACCAACGGCUCGGCGAGAAGCUCCGGGCCCAGGGCAUCAAGCCCAGGCUCCUCGGGUGGUGCUGGCUGGAGGUGGCCGAGCGCGAGUUCACUUACCUCGCCAUAUCGGGGCGCUACGCAGUAUUCAACACCGUCUUCGCGGGCCUGUUCUAUCGGUGCCUGCACUACGCCGGCAUCGAGGAGCCUCGGUCGUUUGCGAGCGAGGAAGACGUGGCCUGGCUGGUGGCCGAGUACAAGAACCUUUACUUGCGAGACGGGGCCGCCGAGUGCAUCGCCAAGCUUCGGGCUGCCGGCUUCACCGUCUGGUGCUUCACGACCGGGGACGCCGCCCGCGUGGGAGGCUACUUUGCCCGGGGCGGGGUCGACUUGCCGGCCGAGAACCUGAUUUCGUGCGACUCUCUGGGGCUGGCCAAGCCGAACCCGGAGGCGUAUGCCCCGAUUCUCGCAAAGCUAUCCGGCGGCGGCGGCAAGCCCUGGUUCGCGGCGGCGCAUUUGUGGGAUGCGUCAGCGGCAAAGACGUACGGGUUCAAAGCGGCAUACUGCACUGCCAUGGAAGGCGAGGAGCUACCCGAAAUCUUCGGAGAGGUGGAUGUAGUAGCAGAUACACUGCCCGCGAUGGCGGACAAGCUCAUCGCCGCUUCUGAGAAGUAG